UUCAUUAUUUGGUAUAGUAAUGUGAACAAGUACAUUGUAAAGUUGCUGUCAGUUUGUGAUGAUAAUUAUCUAGUUAAUCAACUGUUGUUACCUGUUAUGUUAGUAGGCUAGAUUGAACUUAGAAUUAAUCAUAGAAAGAAUUAUUUGUGUUUGACAAUGAUUGAUAAAUAAUCAUGUAUCUAAAACAUUCGAUACAGAGAAAACUGGAAGAUGCUGAACAGGAAGAAGAAGAAGAAUUCACGGAUGUACAAGCGCGAAAGAAAUAUGUAAAAUUUUUGAAAAAGCUCUCUCCAGUAGUAAAUAUUAUAAUUAAAAUUAUUGAGGAUGUAAAUAAAAAAUCGCAAGAUGAUGAGAAAGAGCCGAACGACUCAAUAGAUCUGCUAACACGAAACAGAAGUGUGAAUAUUACGAAAAAAAUUCCUUCAGUAUGGAAAAUCGUUAUUAAAACUGUUGAAGAUGAAAUUGGAAAAUCGGAGGAUACUGAAAUAUAUGAUGAAGAAUUAACGGAGAAGGAAUCGAGGGAGAAAUAUUUUAAUUUCUUGAAAAUCCUCUUACUAAUAUUAUCGCUGAUUAUAAAAUCUGAUAGAGGAAGAAUUAGAAAAUUGAAAGAUGUUGAAAUGAUGGUAGAACAUUUAAAAGAGCCGCCAACGAGUAAAGGAAAAUAUUUGAUACUAAUAAGUCUUAUGUCAAUACUUCAAAAUAUUAAAGAAAUAUUUCACGAUGAAAUUAUAGAUUCGGAUGAUGUUUUGAAUAAUUUAAGUUUGUUCACGCAGAUAAAAUUACUAUUUAAAUUUAUGAAAAUAGAUUGUGAUUUAAUAAAAACUGAAUAUCGUUACGAAAAAAUUGUUUCACAGAUAAAUAGAAAAUGCGAUAAAGCUUCAAAGAAUAAUAAAGAAAUAAUACGGAAACUAAACCGUGAGACAUAUGUCCAAGUUGUGAAAUGUCUCUCAUCAACAUUGAAGAAUUGUAUUGAAUGUUGUCAAUAUGUACUUCCAUAUUCGGUGAAUAAUCGUACAGAAGACAUGCUGUGUAGUGCAAUAUUGAUUGCGAAAACAUUCCGACGAAUAUUGCGUGAAAUAAUAAUGAGAGAUUGUAGACUGUAACUGUACGGAACAUCUACUGAUGGCUCAAAUGCGCAUUCUCAUUUAGUUCAGCUGGAAAAAAGAACUAAGUUUUCUGUUUCUGUAAACUGAAUUUUAUAACGUACGUAUGCCUCAAGUUCACUAUUUUAUUUUUAUGGUUUUUUUAAAAUCAGAUAAUUAAUAAAUUC